AUGGGCUCCAUCAUCAACAUCCCCGGACUUCCAGAUGGCGAGUUCAGUAAUUAUGAACAAGUCUAUCUGAAGAUGUCUAGAGCUUUCAGCCAUCUGCAAAAGGAACACUGGGGCAUUCACUGCGUCUGCUCAGUCAGUCGGGAUUCACCAAACGGGAGCACAUUCAGCGAGACCUUGCGCCAAGCUUGGAUGCGGCUGGUCGUGGAGUACCCCGGGCUGAGCAUGGUCCCCGUGGGGCUGCAGAAGAAAUACCCUAGGCUGGACGAAAAAGUUGUGCUCUUGAUCCAACAUUGGCGAGUGGAUGCCCUGGGGACUUGCAUGUUACUGGAUCGGCUCUUCGAGAUUUUGGGGCAGUCAACGGUUCCGUCAACACAGCCCGAUCAAGUUCAGCCAAACCAGCCGACACCCAGCUUUGAAUCUGCCGCGGGUGCUUCCAAGACGGAGGAUGCAGAUUUGCAAGCUUACGCUCGGGACUACAUCGAUUCCUUCCACCAGAGGGCUGUGAAUGCCGACGGCUUGCCAUAUCGGGGAGACGCAACCACGCCCCCUUCCACCACCGCACACUGGGACUUGGACUUCUCGGUUGACUCGACAAAUGCCAUUAAGGAUGCGUGCAGGCAUCACAAGAUCAGCGUGACUGCAGCAAUCCACACGGCACUGGCACGUACCGUUUUCUCGUACCUCACGGAGACGGAAUGCCAGGCGGGCUACACGACCGUGAUGGCUGUCAACAUGCGGCCGUAUCUUCCUCCUCCCUACAAUAGCAAGAAGCAUGCUUGUCAGACAUUCGUGGCCAGCAUCACGCCGACUGUGCCUUAUCAUAGCGGGUUUGUCGAGUCCGCGCGUUCCUUGACUCACGAAUAUCGCAGUUGGUGGAGUGCAGACUUUAUGCGCUCACUCUGGUGGAUCUACGAGUACCACCUUGCCAAACUCUCUGCGCCCCGCCCAGCGAAUGCAGCGCCAAUGAAGCCUCCGAGUGGCGUGACGCUGAGUAGUCUCGGGGUCGUCGACCGGAAUCUUCGAGGAGGUUAUGGGCCGAACCUCCGGGUCGACAAGUUUCGGUUUGGUGUGAGCAUGAUGACACGACAGACGAUUCUGUAUGCGUGGACGUUCAAAGAUCGUCUGACUCUUUCACUAAACUAUAACGACGCGUACUACUCUGACUUGAUGGCAAGGGAGGUUAUGUCUCGAGUUGCAUCCCAUUUGGAAAAGGGACUCGAAGUGGAGUUGAACACUGUUUAA